GGCCAGGCCCGGCCCAGCGGCUCCGCGCCCGAGGCCUCGCGCCCCGUUCCCUCUCUCCGCUCGCACCACCGCGACGCCGGGCCCGAGGGGCGACCUCCAGCACCCGCACGGACAGGUAGGCGGCGCGGCGGCCGUCCCGACACCCCGGGCCCGGUUGAGUGAAGGCCGCAGGCGGCGUGGCCGCACGGCUUCACCUCAGAGUCAGCGCAACGGGCGCCCCCUGCCGGCCGAGGGCACCCGGGAGGCGCGGGCGCCGUCCCCACAGGGAUGCCGGCGGGCUGUCCGCCGGCCGCCCCCGGGCUGCAGUACCGCAGCUCCCGCUUGCUCCGCGCCGCCUUCCUGCGCCUGCACCAGCAGCAGCAGCGGGCGGACGUCUUCUGCGACGUGCUCCUGCGGGCCGAAGGGGAGGUGGUGGCGGCGCACGGCUGCGUGCUGUCGGUGUGGAGCCCGUUCUUCAUGGAGCGCCUGGCCCGCCAGCUGCCCCCCGCGGGGCGCCGCGUGGUGCUGGAGCUCGGGGGGCUGAAGAUCGCGACGCUGCGCAAAGUGGUUCGCUUCCUGUACACGGCCGAGCUGGAGGCCUCCCGGGAGGAGGUGCGGGACGUGCUGGCGGCCGCCCGCCGGCUCCGCGUGGCCGCGCUCGAGUCGCUGCAGCUUCGGGAGGACGGCCUGGUGCGGCCCGGGCCCCGCUGGCAGCUCGACCGCAGCUGUCUGCGUGGCCCCGGGUCCGGCGGCGCCCCCCGAGAACGGCCGCUCCCGCCGGAGACCGUGGGUCCGGCCCACCCCGUGGGGAGGCUGAAACUGAGGAGGGUGGAAGGCCGACGCGGCUGGGAGGUGGUGCGGGACGGACAGUUCUCCCUCGAGCCCGUAGCCGUGGAGACCCCGAGGGAAACACAGCCGUGGCUGCCGCCGGCCGCCGGUGGGCUGGCGGAGGACGACCUGGAGGAGGAGGAGGUGGAUGUGGGGAUGGCGCAGCCGUGUCUGCCUCCGGGCACCGUGUGCGCCUGUCCCAGCCCCUCGUCCGAGUCCGGUGGGGAGGUGGACGUCCUCGGCUAGCAGAGCCGCUAACGCCUGCCCCCUAGACCAAGAGAGCGCGCCGUCCCCGCGUUGGGUGUCGUUGAAAUAAAGCACUAGAGCUGUG